AUGGCAACACUCAACUCCCAACCAGACGGCCCUCUACAAGCCGCUCUACUGGAGAUAACUACAGCAGCCUCUAUUAGGGCUACCGAAGGCCAGAGGAUAUUUAGCCCGAUAGCAAUCUUUCUUGACAAGCACUGGAGCCAGUCAGGGCUUGCGCCUCACCAGCGAAGCGCGCUCGACGCGUUCAGUAACGACCUGACUGAUAUAGCCCAACGCCACUUCAGUGCCUAUAUCAGCGGAGUUUCUUCGACCUUGACUACGACCCUCCCUGCCCCUGCCCCUGCCCCUGCUUCUCUUCCCCCGUCUCCCCCUCCAUCCCGCCCCCCCUCCGGUCUUGCUCAGUCGACGUACGCGACAGUCACCCAAAUAACCAAGGCCAAAGGCCCCUCUACGUCUCGGCCUAAGGCCAAGCAAAAGACUAUAACUUCUACCCCUGACCAGCAGCCUGACUCCCGCCUCUUUAUACGCCUCCUGCCGGACUAUCUUGCCAAAAAUAUGGACGCAUACGUUAUCUACACUAGCCUCCGUUCCCAUCUAGGUACCAACAACAAGACACUGAAAGAUGUCCAGUCUAUUAAGACAGGAUUCGUUUCUCUGCCUUUAUCUCCCGAAGCUCUCGCAGCCCUAGAGGCACAGAAAGAGGCUAUCUUUACUUUCUUUACCAACUGCUAG